AUGUUAGGAGGAAAUUUAGAAAUACUAAUAAAUUUGAAUUUUUUUAGAAAUAUAGAUCUUUUUGAAUAAGGAUUUUAUGCAUUAAAAGUAGAGAUGAGUUCUUAAAAUGCAGAAGUUGUUUAGCCAUACCUUGUAUUAUCAUAAUCAGGAGAUAAAAAUGAAGAAUCAAUUUAGGAUUCAUAAUUUUGUUCGAAGGUGUUUGAAAUACAAUAUUCUGAAUAAUAUGUAGAAUUAGAUAAUGCUUGUUUAUUCAGAAUAUUGUAUUAGGCUCAUCCAAAUAAAAAUACAGCAAUAAAAGUGAAUGUUGGUUUGUUGUAUAGUUAGAUAGUGGAGAGUGAGAAUGCAGUUUUAUAGAUGUAAUAAGUGAGUAGUUUUGAAUGUAUAAUAAAUAAUGCACAUGAAGGGGUUUAAUAAGGAGUGGAUAUAGUAUUUGAUAACAAUCAUUUAUGUACAUCAAAGAUGUAUAUCUACACAAUGAUAUUGGAUUAUAGAUUUACUGGAGGAGUGAAUGGAUUUUAAGAGUUUCUAAAGAAUAAGACUAAUAAUUGUAAUUUAAUUUAGUUAAUGGUUUUUAGUUGAUUAAGAGUAGGUGAAUUUGUUUAUUGGAGAAUAUGUUGAUUCUCUUGGAUCCAUUUAAACAAAGUAUCGUAAUCUAUUGAUUUAAAUUAUUAAUUAAUUGAAGGAUAAGAAUAUUUAGAUGCAACAUUUGAUGAAGAUUCCUAUAGUAUAGACAGCUAAAUUUAAAUCUAAUUUAUAGACAAAAAGUUUAGGUGAAGAUUGUUUGUUGAUUAUUAAUUAAUUGGGAUAAUCCUUAUUUUCAUUAUGGAAUUAAUUUUAAUAGUUACUUAAUCAUUCUAGAAAUUAUUUAAUGGAAUCAAUAGAUAAUAAAAUAUUAUAAAAUUGUAAAAAGUUAUCAGGAGAGUAAGUGAUAUCUAAUUAGAUUACAUUUGAAGAAAUAUAGAUAUAAAUUUAAUUACCAUUAUUGAAGUAGAGAGAAGAAAUUUGGUAUUAGGCAAGAAAAGAUUAGAGGAUGAAAAUAUAGAAUGUNUAUAUAAUAAUAAUAAGAAAAGAUUUUAAUUUAUUUGAUCAUAAAUUUUGA